CAGCGUAUUUCAAUAGUAGUUUGUCAAGUUCAGUGAGUUGAUGUUCAUCUUAAUCACGAUCUUCACUUGUCUACCUUGUUCAUCAUUAUUAUGUCCUCUCAUGACCUUUUGUACGCUAGUUGUAGUUGAUGAGUACUGCUGUAAACCACCGUUUGGCCAUGAUGUAGUCUACCUGAUGACGUCACUCAGCUCUCAGAUAGUGUUGAGAAGAUGCUCUGCACGGUAUUAUGAUAAUAACAAAAAUGAUAGUUGGAUUAUGCAAUGAUCACAGUAGACGUUUCAUUCUGUUUGUAACUAUUUCCAGCUUGCAAAUUAAAACUCCGUUCACUCAUUCUUCAGCUACGGACGUGUAAACAUUGACGUCUUCCCAUAGAAUGUGGUUCUGUAUUGUGGCUUCUGUAUUAUUAGCAGUGCUGCCCUCACGAUGUCAGUCUCAAUCUUCAGCUGAUGAAAGCAAUCGAAUAAUAUCUUACGUCAAUGAGGUCAAUUUGGAUGGUUACAAGUUUGCAUAUGAAUCGGGAGAUGGAACCCUGAGAGAGGAGUCUGGUGGAUUUGAGAAUGGAAUGUGGACAGUGCGAGGGAGAGUUUCCUGGACAUCACCAGAGGGCAGCCUCUUCUCAUACUCCUAUAUAGCUGACGCCAACGGAUAUCGACAGUCAGGUGCACCUGGAAUUUUCUUCCCACCUCCAGCUUUUGAUUCAGUUCCAGCAGCGGUCCCAGUUUUUAAAGGCGUUGAUAGCUACCGUGGCUUAGUAGGUGGCGCUCUUAUAUCACCCAAUUGGAAGCCACCAAAGCCCAAGCAACCUGAACGGUCUAAAUAGCAAUGCUUCCUAAUGUCAGACUCAGCGAAACUCGUGAUUGAACAAUACAAUAGAUAUUUGAUCAAUAGGUACCAAUGAAAUUGAAAUUAUGAUCGAGGCUUCUCAACUGUAGCACAGAAUCCAAUCAUUGAUGAUAUUAUUUAUUCCAUUCUUCGUUAAUUAUCUGUGGUAUAUUACUUCCUCGGAAGACCCAUGAGGUGGUGGGCACCGGAACAGGCUUUACAAGCCUAGUACAUGAUGGAUGAUGAUGAUAUUACUUACGGCGACCCAACAGAACAUCACACCAUGAUUAUUUAUUUUCUAUUGUUAUUCUAUACUUCUUCUACAACUUUCCACAUUAUAUUAUGCACUUUUCGGGAAAUAUUGUAUUUUUAUAUAGUGUGUUUUUACUUCUGCAUGAUGAACUCUCUGCAAAGCGUUCUUAUUAAUUGCAUCAAAAUUUCAAUCAAAUAAACUUUGUUCAAUGUCA